AGCAGAACUGUGUGUAGAUCAUUCCUCAUCUUCUGACAGAAAACAAGAAACGCCGGGCGCCACCGUGGAGGAAGUCGAAGUUUGAUGAUGCUAUCAAGCUCGUCCUCAAGUUGCCGUCAAGUGACGUGUACUACCGUGAUCAGAUCGUCCGCGAGGACAAGCGGAGUAUGUCGCUUGCAACCUCCCUUGCACCACAGGCACGAUGGGUCACGGAGGUACAUGUUGUCGCCAGCCGCGUCGCAUAAUAUUACAAGCUCUUCCUCGUCUUACUUGCUUCCGCUGAAUUCGAGUUUCAAAAAUUUGGAGCCAGAUCUGGAUCGGGAAACGGAAUGGCGAAAUGGGUGGAGCAAACCUGCACUAAGCAGGAGAGACGACGAGAGCAGCUGCUUCAGCGGAUACAACGGGACGAGCAGCCCAUCACUACCAAUUAAAACAACCUCAACCUUAUCUCAUGCGAUCGGCCAUGGCGACACUCACACUCCCGCCGGCGGAAUUACGAUGGGGCAACCAAGAGUAAUUGCGGCGCGCCAGGACACAGCUCUACCACCUGUGAGAACUACGAAUGCUGCAUUGACAUCCUUGUCGAAGACUUCUACCUCCGCGGCUGCCCUGAAGAUGAACCGAAAAUACGUGCAGGAACUGCACCGCCAGUACGUGCAAGGGAAGAACCAGCAGUCCACCUCGUCCAACGCGGCAACCUCCCUCGCCGAUGCCCAGGCGUUGUGCGACGACUUGGCGAGACUCGGCACGGAAGAUUGUGCGCCGGAGCUGGUUCCGAAAUUCAUCUUGGACCACACCGUGCCGCCGGCGAAUUGCGUUGCGGGGUUAGAAAUCACGUUUCUGCAGCGGCACGCCGACCGGUGGAUGCGUUUACUGCCGAGCAAACACCACAAGGAGGUCCCGAAAAUGCUGCGGGCGUUGUGCGGCUGCUUUCGGGUGCCGCAUCUGCUGCAACUCCUUUCGCAUCAGGUAGGAACGAGUGGUAAAAGAGGCGGUGGCGGAGACGACUUAUCCUUUCCGGACGGGACUAACAAUGCGACUUCCACUGCUCGCACCAACGGCGUCUCCAGCGAAGAGGAAACGGUCCUGCCGCAGUACUUUUUCCGGAAAAGCCCCACGGUGAAUUCCACGCUUAGCGGCAAGGUGUGCAAAGCAGCGCCCCCGCCCACGAAGCUGCGGGAACGCCGGUGCGGGGACUGCCAUGUGUCGUAUGGAGACGAGGAAGCCGAACUGGUAGAGACAAAGAGUGGUCGUUAUACUGGUUCAACAACAUCGCGUGUAGCGGCUGCGGCACUAAAUGGAUAUCCUCAACAACAUUCCUCUGUCCACGAGGACGACGAUUUUCUGUUCCAACCAAACGCAGAUCCUAACACGUUGCUCUUCGUUUCCAACCUGCCGUUUGACUGCACCACCGCUAGCAUCCGAGAUGCCUAUGAACCUUUCGGACCCAUCGAGCACGUGCAAAUUUUUUCCGACCGGCACAAAAACCUUCGCGCAAAAACCGCCCUUUCCGACCAGGACAGCGCCCAGGACGCGGGCAUGGAACGCGUGAACGCCAACCGGUUUUCUUCGGCCUACGCAGUGUUGAAAUUCCGAGACGAGGCAGCCGUAGCAAACGCGUCGCGGGAUUUUUUCCGCAUUCACGGCGUGCUCGUCACGACAGCAACAUCAAGAAAUGGUGGAAACAAUAGCAAGACAACCACGAUGAACGGUUCAUCUAGUUACCUGAGCAAGCCUGAUAAGUCCCUCCUCCGCGCCACCUACCCGGAGAAAGCAACAUCCAAAAACACGCUCCUCCUCACCGGGCUGCCCUGGCAGUUCCCUCUCGCCACGGUGUUGCGGGAAGUCGGCCGGAAGUUGGGACAGGGCUGCAAAAAUGCGAACACAAAACUGACUCUGCACCUCGCGAACCCCGAGCUGUUCGAAUUUCCGGAGACAAACAGCCUGGGGGUGAAAACGUCCAAUCGCGUCACCAAGCUGGACGUCCAGGUCACCGCUUCAGGAGAAAACGCGGAGAUCGAGCAGGUGCCCCCAUUUGACGAGCGGCAGUUUUUGGACACGUGGGAAGACGAAAACGACGAGGAUUUCGACGUAUCCUGAGUAAAAACGUACCCACACCAGAGUUGUAAUGCAGAUUUGCAAAGACAGGAAGACUUGUAAUGCGCAUCCCCAUGAGAGCCAUUUCCAAUCGUGUUUGGGAAUUUUUGAUGCUGUGAACACGAUGAGCAGAUGAAUCUGUGAUGCGGCUGAACUUGCUAACCUGCACUACGCUGCAUAGUGCAACUUGUCAUGCGUGACUCACAAAACUCCUAGGUUUGUGUUGCAAAAUCCCCAUCCUGACUCUGGUGUGGCUACGUUUUUACUCAGGAUACGACGCGGAUCCUUUUCUCUUCCUCCCCAACGUGGACAUGGACAUCCACGAGAUUCUAUCAUUUGUAAAAACGUCCCCACCCUAUAGUCAAGUUGGGAAAUCUGCAAGACAAAUCGACAAGCUUUGGCUGCUGCGCAUGACAAGUUUGGCCUCGUAGUGUAGUCCUGUUUAGCUAAUUAAGCAGCAUCACAGACCUAGCUUAUCAUGCUGGUUUGAGCAUGCCAAAUCCCGCAACACGACGAGCGAAAGAAUGCUUCUCAUGGGGCUCCGCAUGAGAGACAUUGUCACCAUGCUGAUUUGCAUGACAGCUCUGGGAUGGGGAGGUUUUUAUACAGGAUAGAUUCUAGGCAACAAGCGCUACAUGUCCGAGCACCACAACGACGGUAUCCUCUGUCUCCGGUUCCGCGGCGGCUUCUCCGCUGCGUUACGCGCGAAACGAAUACUGGAAACGUUAACCAUCGGGGACCGGGCGAUCAGCGUCGAGUUUUCCCCGCGUCGUCGGAAUUUCGUGCAGUUUGACGCGGAGGGCCGGGCUUUUUCGGCGUUGGUGGAAGAGGGGUUGACGUGGCGGGAAGGAGCGACGUCGGAGCAGGAGGGGCGUGAGGGUAGUUCAAUGCGAAGAAAAUCGUCAAUUGCAAAAAUCGAUGGGUCUACUUCUACUUUUGCAGCCUCUAGAGAUACUAGAACGACCUUGCCCGGCCGGUACGUGGAUUUCAUGACGCCGGACCAGAGUGCGGUAUACUCCAACGCGCUCGACAAUCCGUUCUACGCAUUCGGGACCUGAUACAACUUUUGAAAUAAUUAUACGUUUUGGCACGAUAGUUGAUAACAAUCGACAGACACAGCUAGGAUUCCUCGUUGUGUUUCUUUCGGAAAUAUAAUGAAACCGCGGAUAAAAAGAAAAUGUGCUUUGCGCGUC